AUGGGGUUAAGAACUAUCCUCAAGGGCCUGCGGCCCUCGCAAAGCAAAGAGACACCACGGUUGACAGCGCCUGCCGACAAAAACAGUAGCCUAGCACCUGGCACUUCCAACAGCCAGGCGUUGCAGCCAGGCGCAUCUAACUCGCGUAUUAGCCUUGCCCAAGAUGACAAUACCCCUCGUGACUUAUGGGAUGAAGCGUAUUUGAUUCUCAGCAAAGAAGACCCGAGGCUCUUCCAAAGAUAUGAGGAGAUCAUAGCCACAGAAGGAGACGGAAAUGGUGAUCUUAGACAAAAGAAUCUAGCUGCUACUGGAUCAUAUCACCGCGAGGAGCAGCUUCGGCAAAUAGCGAAGAACAAGAUUGAAGAAAUCAAUCUGGCGCAAUGGAAAGUCGAUAUCGGUAGCCAUUCCGUUGACCUCAGUGGGCAAUUCGACAACGCUGUGAAGAUCACGAUUGCAAUCAAGGAUUUCGUAUCCUCAGCUGUCAGCUCCGAGCCUCAUGCAGCACUAGCAUGGGCUGGGCUACUCUUAAACCCGACACAGCAAAAGUCGGAUGCCCAUGAUGGCCUCGAGGCCAUACCCUUCAUUGUGCGGAGGCUAAGGGUUAUGGAGAGACUGAUCAGACCAGGAAAGUCCGGAUUGACUGAGGGUGGCUAUCAUGUCGAUAGCUUGGAGCUUGUUCGAGACUUUGAAAAUGCAGCUGUGGAGCUGUAUAGGACAAUUCUCGAAUUCCAGAUCCGAUUAGUGAAGCAGCACUCACGGAGUUGGGCAGAACGCUAUGGGCGAGAUGUUUUCAAAGUCGAUGUCUGGACAAGUUUAACGGGACAGAUUAAGGCCCUUGAGACAAAGUGUGCCGAGCUUGCUCAGGAUCUGAGUCGUGAAAAUAUCGAAAUGGCUUUACAAGACAGCGAGCGCAAUAUGCAAUGCAAAUCCGUUCUGGCAAGGACACUAAUUGACGAGGGCCUGGUUACCUUGAGCCACCAAAAGCAGACUGCGGUCUGCUAUUUCUUCUUCAAAGAUAUUUCCCCAUACCAAAGAAGCGCACUAAGCGCCAUGUCUGCGAUUCUGCACCAGUUGUUCUCAGCAUUCCCGUCACUGGUAAAACAUGCGCUUAUUCCCUAUGGGCUCAAUGGGAAGGAGCUACUUCAAUUGUUUGACGAGAUGUUUGACAUCCUCUGUGAGGCAGCUGCUGAUCCAGCUAUUGAACAAGUCGUGUGCGUACUGGAUGCUCUCGACGAAUGUGAUGAUGAUGACCGAGUCCGCCUCGUUGAAACAAUUACAUCUUUCUACCACGAUGCCAUGAAAGCCCCAAAAGAUCAGCCCAAGUUGAAGUUUCUUUUGACCAGCCGCCCCUAUUCCAAUAUUCACUCGCAAUUUCACGAAGUCAUGAAAGAGACCCCUACAAUCCAUUUGUCGGGAGAUCAAGAAUCCGAAAGGAUAAAAGACGAGAUUAAUCACGUCAUUGAUGUCGAUAUCCCAAAACUCGCUGCUAGAAAAGGAUUCGAUGGAGAGGCAACAGAGUACCUACUCGAGCAAUUACAUCAAGUUGACAACAGGACAUAUCUGUGGCUAAACCUGGUAAUGGAAGAGAUUCGCCUCAGUGAGCGGCCAGCCAAUAAACGGGAACUACGCAAGAUUAUUUCAGACUUGCCGCGGAGUCUGGUUGACGCUUUCGAUGCUAUCCUGAAGAGAUGUCGGCACAGAGAACUUGCAAGGCAGCUCCUGCAUAUCAUUCUGGCAGCCCGGGAGCCUUUGACAGUUGAUGACAUGAGGAUAGCUACAGCCCUUGCGGGCGACCUCGAAUAUCGUUCAUAUGAGGAGAUUGGGAAUGAAAGCUCAGACGAAUUCGAACUGAGAAUCAAAAACAUUUGUGGUCUCUUUGUGACGAUAGAUGGUGGCUGUGUAUUCCUUAUUCACCAAACGGCCAAGGAAUUUCUGAGACAGACCAAUGACAAUAUUGAUCAUAACUGUGGACCUUGGAGACAUACUUUCAGUGCGCAAGACUCGGAGACACUCAUUGCAACCAUCUGCAUCGCUCUGCUUUCUUUCACAUGCUUCUCUAAAGAUCAGCUUACAAUCGGGGCUGGUGACUCCGAUCAAGCUCGCGACGAAAUCUUAGCUUAUACCAAUGAUCAUCCGUUCUUGGGAUAUGCAGCAAAGAAUUGGAUCAUUCACUCCCAAGAAGCAAAGCUGGACAACAAUCCAAAAUGGAUGCUGUUAAUGGCAUCUCUAUGCACCGUAACCAAACCGGUGUUCCAAACAUGGUAUAUAAUCUAUCAAGGAUCGAACCAGAAUCUGCUCCCUCGGAAAAUAACAAGCUUGAAUCUCGCCGCUGCCUUCGAUUUUACAAAUGUGCUGGGUUAUUUCUUGGAGAACGGCGAGGAUCCAAAUGAGCAAGAUAGCAAUGGAGCAACGCCACUCGCACGCGCUGCGAAGAUGUCUAAAAGGGCUGUGCAGCUCCUUUUAGACGCCAACGCAGACAUCAAUGCUUAUGGGUGGGAGGAGCCCUGGUAUGAUGAUAUCGACAGUGUUGUCACUGGAAUGCAGUUCAUGCCUUUCACAGGCACUCCCCUCACUAUGGCUGUCAUUUCCCGCGAUGCUGAGAUGGUCGAAUACCUCAUCAGUCGUGGAGCCGAAAUAAACUUUCCCCCACUGGCUGCGAUGACACCGCUCAUUGCGUCCAUUGUAUGCAGUGACUCAACAGACAUAUGUCGCCAGCUGCUUUGUCAUGGCGCGAAUGUUUCUUUCGAGACACUGUGGGGGGGAUCAGAGACCGUGAAAUGUACAGCUCUCCAUCUUGCAGCCGGACUCAGUAAACCGUCAAUUCUGCGGAUGCUUGUUGAAUCGGAGACCACCAAUAUAAAUCAUCAGACUGCGGUGAUAGGGAAUGGUGUUCGAACGGAAGGCGACGAUGCGGCUGGACCCCGAUUGAGUUGUGACACACCACAGACUGAAAUCAGCAACUCGCACUUAUUCCCACAUGAUCCCCACGAUGGAGGGAAGACUAAUGAGCGCAUUGAGAAUGUUGAUACAGACGGAAAUUGUGAAAGCGACGAAGACGCCUCCGUAAUCGACAAUGAUAAUGCCAGUGAAUACUACAGGUCUGAAAUUAAUGAGGACGAUGAUGAAUCUGAUACGGAUAGCCAGUGGUCUUACGAAGAAGACACAGGGCUUACCGCAUUGCACAUCGCAGUUAGUUCUGGACUCGUUGAGAAUGCCAAGAUCCUUCUUGAAAAUGGAGCCGAUAUGCAUAUCAAGACCGCCCACGGCUAUACAGCCAUGGAGCGGGCUCUCAAUUGGCCUGUUAGCGACAACGAUUCUGAUUUCGAGACCCACGCUGCUAUUAAAGCCCAGAUGGUAGCAUUGUUCCAACAUCUCGGUCUCUCUGGAAUGACCGCCGCUAAUAUCUCUUUUUACGUCCAAACGGGCCUGGAGAUCUACUGGCGGAGAUCGAAAACAUUCCAUAAGGACGUGUCGGCCAAGACAGUCCUAUCAGGAUUGUUUGUCGCAUUCGUUGUAGAGGGAUUGAUUAUGGUCGGUGCAUACUUUGCUACGCCGUAUCUAUUCCGUGCGACAGAUGCGUUCCUGGAGAUUUGGGCUUCAGUCUUUUCCGCCAUAUUCAGUCGCUGCCGUCGCAAGAAACCCUUGCCAGAUCCAGAGAUCUACGAGGAGAUCGCCAUCGAUGACUACGAUGACAGUGACAGCGAUUCCGUAGCCCUGCUGGAUACACCCAGAGUCCCGCCCGUGCAGAAGACCCAUUCGCUGUUGAAGCGUGUCAUCGUGAUCCUGUGCAGUUCCGUCAUCAUUUUCCUCUGUCUUGUUCGUCCACAGGAUACGGCGUACAGUUUUCUCUCUGAGUCCCUACCUCUCGCACCAUUUGGCGGCCCCAAAUAUCGGCCUGCUCAUGUAACUGCUGCGUCGCUACGGGGCUACUUCCCUUUGUUGAAAGACCGUUCCGCUCUGGAUUAUUUCCCGAAAUUUGACUGGUUGCCUGUGGACGAGUCCACAGGUGAAUUCCCUGAUUGGUCGCCAUUCCGCUAUCUUAAUUUCAGCAGGACUAUCCAGGAAUCUAAGUAUGCACACUACAACCCGUUGAAAGAUCCUUUGCACACCCCGAACCUCCAAAACAACAUUUUGGAGCCUCUUCGUGAAGCGCUUCACGACGGAAGUGUGAAGAUUAAGCAUGUCAUUCUCGUCAAGUUGGAAAGCACCCGCCAGGACAUCUGGCCCUUCCGCUCCGACUCUUACAUCAUGGACCGCAUCAAUGGGUCUUACGGAAAUGGCAGUAUCCCCGAGGACGUCCUAGCCAGACUUUCCAACCUCACCCCCACCGCGGAGAGGUUGACCGGAUUUGAAACUGGAUUCCGCAAGGAUAAAGAGCGUCCAAAGCCAUAUGGUGGCAUCAGUGCGAGCAAAGCUUAUACAUCCGGUACCUAUACCUUGAAGAGUAUCACGGGCACUGUUUGUGGUGCCAACCCCAUGGCUGUCGAAAACCAGCUCGAGUACAUGCACGAUAUCUAUCAACCUUGCUUGCCGCACAUCUUCGAAGCAUUGAACCACCAGCCGAACACCACCAGCCACGGAGAUAGUUGGACUUCCUGGCCUUGGCACACUCAGUGGAUGCAAUCGCACUACGGCACCUGGGACAAGCAGGAGCUCCUCACUCCUCAUCUAGGGUACAAACAUAUCAUGACACGGGAAUCAAUCAAUGAUGCUGGGAGGAAGUACAUCCCAGAAGAGAACGAAGAAGAAGAAGAUCACGGCCAUGAGGACAAGGUACUGAAGAAUUACAUUCGGGAUCUGUUUGCCGAUGCCAAAAAGAACAACACUCGCCUGUUCCUCAGCCAUCUGACCCACAAUACCCAUACUCCUUAUUUCAUCCCCGGUAAAUAUCAGGAAAUGAUGGGACAUGCGAAUUCCGGACUCAACGAGAAGUUGAACAGACACCUUAAUACCAUGCAAUACCAAGAUCAGUGGAUUUCCGAGAUCCUGGAGGUUCUCGAAGAAGCCGGCGUCGCAGACGAGACCCUUCUCGUCAUGGCUGGUGACCACGGUCUAUCACUCCCGAAUGACGGGGGUAUCACAGCCUUCCAUGACCCGCACGUUUCCAGUUUCCAUGUGCCUCUGUUUUUCUCCCACCCCAAGAUACCUCAAAUCGAAGUCGACAGCCCCGUUCUCUCAACACAAAUCCUCCCCACCCUCUUGGAUCUCCUCAUCGAAACCUCCUCAAUGGAUGAACAGUCCACAAAGAUCCUGAACGACCUACUGCCCUUGUAUGAGGGCCAGUCAAUGCUGCGACCCCUCAUCACCGAGCAAGAUGGCAAGCAAGAAUGGCAUUUCUCCACCAUGAACCCCGGAGGAACAUGGGUUUCCAUGCGAUCCGCCGCGAAGCCAUACCGUCUCGUCGUGCCCCUUGUGGCCGACGCCCCGUGGCGAUUCACCAACGUCGUCAAAGACCCACUUGAGCUGUCCCCUGAGGAAAACCUUGAUGUCAUCACUCUGAUUGAUGUCGUGCAGAAUACUGCUGGCGUUGAUGCCGCCAGGUGGCUGACUGAGGCUGCCCAUGUGGCUCAGUGGUGGAUUCUGGAAAACAGACGCCGCUGGAAAUUUGAUCCUGAGAACCCAGAGUUCUCUAACGGGUUGAUUGUUUGA